AUGGCUCCAACUGUCUUGAUCAUCGGAGCUUCAGUCACUGGCUUGACAGCGGCUCAUGCCUUGCUACGAGAUGUUCCUAAUGCUAAAAUUGUGCUCGUUAAUCCCUCCUCAUACUUCUACUGGAUGAUUGCCGCUCCUCGUAUCGUCGCGAAAGCCUCAGCUUUCAAAUCGGAUCAGUACCUUAUCCCUAUCAAGGAAGCCUUUUCUCAGUACCCUGCUGAAUCAUUUGAAUUUAUUUUGGGCGCUGCGACGGCCAUCGAUCCUUCCACCAAAACGGUUACUAUUACCUCGAGUGGUAGCGAACAGUCGGUGACUUAUGACCACCUGCUGAUUGCGUCUGGAUCUACCACUCCUGCUACCAUCGGCGAACUCUCCGGUUUAUCAAUUCCAUUCAAAAACUCGAACCGCGAUGACAUGAAGGAGCUUAUCGAGGCGGCUCAGCAGAAAAUCAAAAGUGUCAAGAACAUUGUCAUUGGUGGUGCCGGACCCAUUGGGGUGGAGGUAGCAGGCGAGCUUGCAGAGGCUGUCGCGGCGAAUGGUCAAGAGGUGGACAUCACACUUGUCUCUUCGGCAGAUCGCGUGCUCCCUAUGCUCAAGCCAUCUGCUGGCUCUACUGCGGAGAAGCAACUCAAGCAGAAGAAGGUCAAGAUCAUUACAUCAACGCGAGUUCUCGGAGCAGAGACCUCGGGAGAGAACUCUUGGACCGUUACCCUUGACAAUGGCAAGACUCUCUCCACUGAGUUGUAUAUUCCCACGACCGGUGAUGUCCCAAACAAUAGUUUCAUUCCAAAACAAUUCCUUGACGCAGAUGGCUGGGUCAAGAUCGACAAAGAGCUGCGCGUGGUGGGUGACUCUCUACCGAUCUAUGCUGCUGGCGACAUUGGUAACAACAGCAUGCGACUCAGCCUCAAGGCUGUCGAGCAGGCCAAGAUCGCCGCAAAUAACAUCAAGGUCGAUAUCCUGGGCAAGGGGGCGCGGAAGUCCUAUGACCAGGGAGACAGUAUCAUGAUGAUGGUCCCUGUGGGAUCAACUGGAGGCUCCGGACAGAUCUUUGGUUUCGUUCCAUUCAAUUUCUUGGUGAAGAUGGCUAAGGGCGGUGAUUACUUCGUGUCGAAGGCAGCGGCCACCGUUGCUGGAAAGUCAUAG